GGUUAAAGUCCCUCCCCCUGCGAUACUGUUUACCAGAUUAGUUGAUAAGCAACAGCUCAGUUCAUGUGAGUCUAGAGGUUGAUAAGCAUGUGAUCGCAGCUGCCCCCGGACCUGCAAUCAGCGUAAGAAGCAAUGGUUCGACGUGUGGCAGUGGUUGGAGCAGGCAGUUCUGGUCUGGCUUGUAUCAAGAUCUGUGUUGAUGAGGGCCUGGAGCCUGUCUGCUUUGAAAGCAGCGAUGACAUCGGCGGCCUGUGGAAAUUUAAGGAAUCACCUGAGCCAGGGCGAUCCAGCAUCUAUCGCUCCUUGGUGGUCAACACCUCCAAAGAGAUGAUGUGUUUCAGUGAUUUUCCUAUGCCUGCUCACUAUCCAAACUACAUGCACAACUCCCUGCUGCUGCAGUACUUCAGGCUCUAUGCUGACCACUUUGACCUGCUCCGAUACAUUCAUUUCCAGACCACUGUAAGGAGUGUUGCACAAAGGCCAGAUUUCUCUCUGUCCGGUCAGUGGGACAUAGUGACCAUUAACGGGGAUGGAGAGGAGGAGAGACACGUCUUUGAUGCAGUUCUGGUGUGUUCAGGCCACUACACCCAUCCAGCCUUACCCCUGUCAGACUUUCCAGGUAAUGAGACGUUUUCUGGCAAGUGUUUUCACAGCUGUGAAUAUAAAAAUGCAGAUGCCUGCAGAGGAAAGAGGGUGGUGGUGGUUGGCAUUGGAAAUUCUGGAGGAGAUAUUGCAGUUGAGAUCAGCAGAUCUGCAGAGAUGACAUUUCUCAGCACACGCCAGGGUGCCUGGGUUAUGGGCAGGAUGUCCACUAAUGGUCUUCCCAUGGACAUGACAGCUAUCACCAGGUUCAACAACAUCCUCAUACGGCUUCUUCCCAACACUCUGGUCAACUGGGCAUUAGAGAGAGCGCUGAACCCCCAAUUUGACCACAAACUGUAUGGCCUGAAGCCCAGACACAGACCUUUGGACAAAAAGCCUUUGAUCAAUGAUGACCUUCCUAGUCGAAUCCUUCAGGGAGCGCUAGUAAUGAAACCCAAUCUGAAAGGAUUCAAGAACUCCGGAGUUGAAUUUGAAGAUGGCACUGUGGAGGAGAACAUUGACGCUGUGGUCUUCUGUACAGGUUAUAAUGGAAACUUCCCAUUCCUGCCUCCAGCUUUAUCUGAGGGGCCUCACAGAGAGUUGACAUUGUACAAGACACUGUUUCCUCCUUGUCUAUCACAACCCACACUGGCCGUCAUGGGUCUUUUCCAGACGAAGGGACCAAUCAUGCCUAUUGUGGAAAUGCAGGCGCGGUGGGCUGUUAAGGUCUUUGCCGGUUUGAGCCGUCUUCCAUGUAAAGAGAAAAUGCUGGAAGUCAUUGAGUCUGAGAGGAAGAGAAACAUGAAAAGCUAUGACUGCCCGAGAAAGGCAGCUCUCCAGGUAGACUUCAUCCCUUACCUGGAUUUCAUGGCUGAGCAGGUCGGGGUUCGCCCUAACUUCCUGAGACUACUACUGAGAGAUCCUGUGCUGUGGGUGAGGGUCUUCUUUGGUCCCUGCACUCCUUAUCAGUAUCGUCUCUCGGGGCCUGGACAGUGGGCCGGAGCCCGUCAGGCUAUCCUCACUCAGUGGGAACGGGUGGUUCAGCCAUUCAGAACCAGAGUGGUACCAGAACCAGAGAGCAGGCCGUCUGUCCUAUUUUCUCCCUGGCUGCUCACAUUUGGAGCAGCUGUCACAAUAGCUGUCCUUCGGUCUAAAAAUGAGAUUAUUCCAGUGCUGCAGGGUGCAGCCCACUUUCUGGACAGCAUGGUUCACAAGGUGGCAGUGAUCGGCGCGGGGAUCUCUGGUCUGACCAGCAUCAAGGCCUGUUUGGAUGAAGGUCUGGAGCCUACCUGCUUUGAGAGCAGCCAUGACAUUGGAGGUCUAUGGAGAUUUAAGGAGAAGCCAGAGCCUGGACUUGCCAACAUCUAUCAGUCGGUGGUCAUCAACAGCUCCAAAGAGAUGAUGUCUCUCAGCGACUUCCCCCCUCCAGCUGAGCUCCCCAACAACAUGCACCACUCUGAGGUGCUGCUGUACAUGCGCCUCUACGCUCAGGCCUUCAAACUGCUGCAACACAUCCACUUUAAGACUACCGUUGUCAGUGUGAGGCAGACCCCAGAUUUUGCAGCGACCGGCCAGUGGGAGGUGGAGACAGAGGGGAGAGAGGGUCCCAGGGAGACUCGUGUUUUUGAUGCAGUGAUGGUUUGUACCGGACACUACACCCAGCCUCACCUGCCCCUCAGCGACUUCCCAGGUGUUGAGACUUUUAAAGGCAGAUAUUUCCACAGCUGGGAAUACCGCAACACUGAGGGUCUGCAGGGUAAAAGAGUGGUGGUGAUUGGGAUUGGGAACUCUGGAGGCGAUAUUGCUGUGGAUAUCAGUAGAGUUGCUCAGAAGGUGUACCUCAGUACCAGGAGCGGCGCGUGGGUGGUCGGCCGUGUAGGGCAGAGGGGGCUCCCAGCUGAUCUAGUUGGGACUUCUCGAAUGGAUAUGAUGAAACAGAAGCUCUUCCCCUCGUGGAUUAAUAGGAUGGUGGAGAAGAAGCUGGACGAAGCAUUUGACCACACAUUAUAUGGUCUGAAACCAAAACAUGGAUUUUUCGAACAGAUCCCUGUGGUGAAUGACGACCUGCCAGCUCGGAUCAUCUCAGGCCGUGUUCAGGUGAAACCAAAUGUGAAGGAGUUCCGUGGGUCCAGUGUGGUCUUCGCCGAUGGGAGCAUCAUAGACAAGGUGGAUGUAGUUGUGUUUGCCACAGGCUACAACUACAGCUUCCCCUUCCUGCCCCCAGCUCUGCAGGCUAAAAGUGGUUACAGGCUGCGUCUCUACAAGCAUGUGUUCCCUCCGGCACUGACCCAGCCUACUCUGGCAGUGGUGGGCUUCAUCCACGGCUUCGGGGCCAUCAACCCUCUGGCUGAGAUGCAGGCCCGCUGGGCUACAAGAGUGUUCAAAGGCUUCACGACCCUCCCCUCAGAAGAGACCAUGAUGAAGGAAAUUGAAAAAGAUACAGUAACCAUGCACCUGAGAUAUGCCUGCUCAGAGCGGAACCCCCUCCAGGUGGACUACAUUCCUUACCUGGACUCUCUGGCAGAGCAGGUGGGGGUUCGGCCAAAUAUACUGUGGCUCUUCCUGAAGGACCCCAGACUGGCUGUGGAGGUUUUGCUGGGUCCCUGCACUCCUUAUCAGUACCGACUGACUGGACCGGGCCAGUGGGCCGGAGCCCGUCAGGCCAUUCUCACUCAGUGGGAGCGGGUGCGUCAGCCUUUCAGGACCAGAGUGGUACCAAAACCAGAGACCAGAGCCUCUUCUAGUCGGAGGGUCAUAGUGGUUAUCUCAGGUUCUGUGCUGCUGUGCUGCAUCUACUACAAUAAACACCUUCUCUUCUUCUCUCCUCCGGCAUUCCUCAGAUCUCCUGAAUACGCUGCAUGAUUAUGUACAUUUAUGAUAACAUGAUAAUGAGGCAGCAGUGAAGCAGCACACUACAACACCGUAUCUCAAAGUGCUAUAGGCAGAGCAUCUUCUUAGACUUUAAUGUGACAAAUUGAAUGAGAAAUAAAGUCUUCAAAAUCAA